AUGGCGCUCUCCAUGCAAAAAAGAAACAAUGUUCGUUUACCUCCGGAAGUGAAUCGAGUGCUGUACGUGAGGAACCUUCCAUACAAGAUAACAUCGGAUGAAAUGUACGAUAUUUUCGGAAAAUAUGGUGCCAUUCGACAAAUUAGAGUAGGAAACACACCAGAAACUCGUGGUACCGCCUUUGUCGUGUACGAGGAUAUCUUCGAUGCGAAAAACGCACGAGACCAUUUGUCGGGAUUCAACGUAUGUAACCGGUAUCUGGUGGUGCUUUACUACCAGUCGACCAAGGCAUUCAAGCAGCUCGAUGUCGAUAAAAAACAGGAAGAACUGGACCAGAUGAAGGCGAAGUACAAUAUCAGUACGGAAGAGUUAAAGAAAUAA